AGAUUUGUGUCGGUCAUGGAUACUGAUAAUUUGAUAGGGUUAGGUCUCGCCGUCGGUUCCAGCGCCUUCAUUGGAUCCAGCUUCAUUUUCAAGAAAAAGGGUCUCCAGAGAGCCGGAGCGUCCGGUCCUCGUGCUAGUUGCUAGAUUGCCACGCUUGUUCCAAGGUGGAUCUGCUAGAUCUGCAAAUCCGUAUAGAGACCCAUCGAUUUUCUUGGAUGAUGAUUCGGUACGAAGAAGAAGAGAAGACCUUCGGUCGUGUCUGGUAGGGAAAUUUGAUAAGGAAGUGGGUGAUGGGGCUCAAAUUGCAGCUUGGGCCUCGCGUGCUUGGAAGGUCUCCUCUGGUGUGACGGUCUCGCCUCUGCCGGAUUCUUUAUUGCUUUUCCGGUUUCCCUCCUCGACGGAAGCAUCUCGAGUUCUCAAGGGGGGUCGCCGUGACUGGGGAACGACAUCUCUUUGUUUGGAAGCUUGGAGUUUUAGGGUAGGGUGCUCGGAGGUGUUGAAAGAGAAGGGGCUGAAGAAGGUGACGCUGUACGGUCUUCUUCUCUACCUUUGGAGUCAUGCUCUAUUCGUGAUAGUUGGCGAUCUUUGUGGUGGGUUUAUUUGGGUGGAUGCUGAUGAAGCUUUAGACGCUGAAAGAGUUCGAAUCACCGUCUCUGAUGGUAGGGUUUGCCCUCCGUUUGUGUUCAUUUAUGAUGACCAAUUCUGCUAUAAGGUGUCUAUUUGGGAGGAGAAGCAUCCCGAGCUUGUUCCGACGACAGAUAGCUUGGAAGGCGGUGAUGGUUCGCACUUGCUUAAGGAGAAAGAAUAGCUGCGGUGGGAAUCCAUGGGGAAAAAAGGAAUGGUAGAGUUCCAGGUAUGGAAGGAAUGGAGAGACGUGCUAUGGAUUCGUAAUUCGGAGUGCUUUAGAAGGAUCUUCAAUCAGAAUCGAAAGGAAGGGCUUCCUUAUUUGCCGAAUCGCCGACGGUAAGAAGGGUUUCGGAAGAUGCAGUGGGGCGGAGGUCUCGCCAGAAAUGGUUGUCGGCCUUUUGUGCAGCAGUGGGAUCAAACAAGACGACGUGGUGGUUUCCACGCUCAGCAGGCGUGUGGGAGGGGGAGGUUUCCAGACCAUCCAUGUGGUUGGCGCUCAGGCCUUGUCCGUUUCUCGUGGAGAACAGCUGUACCCACGAUCAUUUCAAAUUCGGCUUCCCAUUCAGUUGGGCUUGAUGGUGGACUUGGUAAUGGGGCUUUUGUUUCUUGUAAUGAUGUGCUUGAGUCUGUUGGGCCGCUUUUUGGGCCUAAAAGGCCUAUUUCAGUUUCUAAAAGGCCUAUUUCUGGUUCUAUGGAUUUGAACUGUGGUGUGCAAGUUUCUUGUGAUGUGGAUGGUGGGCCGAGCGCCCAAUCUUCUAAAGAUGUUUUUGUUGGUGGGUUUCCGGGGUUGAAGAGUGGGCCGAGUUGUGGAUCUGGGUUGGUGUCUAACAUGUUUGAGCCCUUUUCUUCCUCGAGAGAUGAUAGAGAUCCUUGUGCUGCUGGUUCGAUGAAAGCGAGAGUCAAGGUUGAUCAGCGAGUGAAGGAUCCGGUGCUGAGACAUCGUUUGCCUAAGAAAAAGAUUAUCCUUCCCGCUCUUGGCAAAAAGUGGUCACGAAAGGAUAAACAAAAAUGGGUGGCAUCUUCGCAGUCGGGUUUCGAUCCGGGUUCGGGUGGAUACAGUUACCUGCUUCAGCCACUUUGGUGGAUUGGCUUGAUCACCAUGAUUGUUGGAGAGUUUGCCAACUUCAUAGCUUACAUAUAUGCUCCUGCUGUGCUUGUAACACCACUUGGAGCAUUGAGUAUAAUUGUUAGCGCUGUUCUAGCACAUUUCUUAUUGAAAGAGAAAAUGCGGAAAAUGGGAAUACUGGGGUGUGUUUUGUGUGUGGUGGGGUCUACCGUGAUUGUGCUUCAUGCACCUAGUGAACAUAGUAUAAGUUCGGUAGAAGAGAUCUGGGAUUUAGCAACACAACCAGCUUUUCUUUUGUAUACAGCUUCAGCAAUAGCUAUAGUGUUGGUACUGGUUUUGUUUUAUGCACCACGCUAUGGGCAGACAAACAUAAUGGUUUAUAUUGGCAUUUGUUCCAUAAUUGGAUCUUUAACGGUUAUGAGUAUCAAAGCAAUAGGCAUCGCCAUAAAACUCACAUUGGAGGGUUCAAGCCAGGUGACACAUUUCCAAACAUGGGUUUUUCUAAUGGUUGCAGUUACAUGCAUAGUCACUAGUUUGAAUUACUUAAACAAGGCUUUGGAUACUUUCAACACAGCGAUUGUUUCUCCAAUCUAUUAUGCAAUGUUUACAUCUUUCACAAUAUUUGCUAGUGCCAUAAUGUUUAAGGAUUGGUCUGGUCAAAGUGCUGGCAGUAUUGUUUCAGUGCUUUGUGGAUUCAUUACUGUGCUUUCAGGUACUAUGGUCUUGCAUAGUACGAGAGAACCAGAUCCACCUCCUACUGCAGAGUAUUCAUCACUUUCCCCUCAAAUAUCCUGGCUUAUCCAUUCCAAUGGUGAAAUAUGGAAGCAGAAAGACACUGAUGAGUUACACCCUGAAUAUGUUGCAAUAAUUAGACAAGAUUAUUUCAAGUAAAGCAACGGAUAUCCGGGGUAUCAAUGUCUUAUCUCUCCCAGCCCAAUGCAACUUUUGCAAGCUGACGCCAGGGACUUGCAUAUAAAGCACUCCAACAGCAACAUUGACAACAUUUCUCAUCUAUCAACUUCAUAGCACGAGGGUCAAGUGUUGACUGUGCAAAGCAGAUUUUUUGUGGUAAUUGAUUUUUUCCUUUUGGAAGCCAAAUAUAUUUUUUGCAUUUCUUUAUUGGGUUUAAACGCACAUCAGUUAAUUAGAUAAUUAUGACUAAUUUAUUCUUUGUUUUGUAUUUAUUUCUCUACCAUAGGUUCAUAGUGUAUUAUUUGUACAUAUCAGGCCACGAGCGUGGGGACCGUAACAAUGGUUAGACCUUUUUCUGCCAAUGCAAAGAGUUACCAUUUUUUUCUUCUCAUGUACGUAGUAGCAGUUCGAUGCUUCCAUCAGUGAUCCGUAUUCAUGAUGCGAAAAUUUUGUGUUGCCAGUAGACUUAAGUCUCUUAACAAUUUGAUCAUAUAAUAGACAGGUUAUACUUUGUGUAAUUGUUAGUUGAAAGAAGGAUUUAGAAUUUGAUCGAAUUUCAUUUUA